AUGUCUACCGACAGCGCACCAACCAACAACACCAACACCAGCACCGGCGAAAUGUACGCACGCAACAGACGGGGCUCCAUCACUCAAGCUGCCCUCACAAACCUCUUCCAGAGGAACAACUCAGUCCCAACCGGCUCUGGUUUCCCCACUCAGGCCAACUCUGUUGAUGCCAACCGCCGACGGCUCUCCGUCACCACGCUCGGCCUCUCGGGCACUUCCCCCAGCAGUGCUCAACCCUUCAACAUUCGUCGGGGCAGCCUGUCCACCAACUCCAACACCUCUGAUUCUAUUGAUGAGAGCGCCAUUGAGGACGAUGAAAUGUGGUCUGGCGCCGCUAGAACCGCGCCCAACACGCCCUUUGUCCGGCGAAUGAGCUUUGGUGCCCCCGGCAUGCGAACCGCUCGCCCCGGCGGCAGCCCCGGAAAUGGUAAUAAUACCUCCUCUCCUUCCUCUUCGUUGUCUCGUCGCCAGACGCAGAGUGGACAGAAAUCGUCGCGCGCGGGCGCGCCGUCGCAGGGGUCCAGCAUUUCGGCCACUUGGUCGGCUGUUGGGCGCCGCGCCAGCACGAUCCUGCCCGCUUCUUCUCUUCCACAGGCAAGCAACACCAAGAAUCCAAGAGCCCCUUCUGACAGUUAUCCUCGCCCAGACCAGCAAGGUUUCAACUGGUCCGAGCAGCUUAGGUCUCGCGCCGAGAGCUCCGUCACAAGCACUCGCCCAUCCUUCUCUUUCGCGUCCAGCUCUCCGCCUCGCGGCAACUCCAUGCACGACCGCGCCAAGUCCGUUUCCGAAAUGCCACAGCCUCCUGUUCAGGCCGUGGCUGUCAAGCCCAGGCAGGAGCGUCCGAAACCCGAUGCCUUCCAAGAGAGAAUCCUCAAGGGAGACUUUUAUAUGGACUGA